GGCGGAGCGGGAGGAGCAGCGGGGGGGGGGAUCUCCAAGAUGGCGGGCGUGCCGGCCGUGCGCAUCAGCAUCGAGUCGGCGUGCGAGAAGCAGGUGCAGGAGGUGGGGCUGGAUGGCAGCGAGACCUACCUGCAGCCCCUCUCCAUGUCGCAGAACCUGGCCCGCCUGGCGCAGCGCAUCGACUUCAGCCAGGGCUCCGGCUCCGAGGAGGACGAGCCGGGCUCCGCGGGCCGCGCCUGGGCCGAGCCGGGCGAGGCGGAGGAUGAGGAAGGGUUGGUGAAGUUCCAGCCGUCCCUCUGGCCGUGGGACUCGGUGAGGAACAACCUGAGGAGCGCCCUGACAGAAAUGUGUGUGCUGUACGACGUGCUCAGCAUCGUCAAGGACAAGAAGUUCAUGACCCUAGACCCAGUCGUGCAGGAUCCCCCUCCUCCCAAACAGAAUCCUCAGUUCCUGCAGUUGAUUUCCAAAAAGAAGUCAUUAGCUGGAGCAGCUCAAAUCCUGCUGAAAGGAGCGGAAAGAUUGUCCAAAUCAGUGGCAGAAAACCAGGAAAAUAAGCGACAGAGAGACUUCAACUCCGAACUGUUGAGACUGAGACAGCACUGGAAGCUGAGAAAAGUGGGCGACAAAAUUCUUGGGGAUCUGAGCUACAGAAGUGCAGGUUCCCUUUUUCUUCAUCAUGGCACAUUUGAGGUGAUCAAGAACACUGAUAUUGACCUGGAUAAAAAGAUACCUGAGGAUUACUGUCCUUUGGAUGUUCAAAUUCCAAGCGACUUAGAGGGAUCAGCUUAUAUAAAGGUUUCAAUUCAGAAACAAGCUCCAGACAUUGGUGACCUUGGGACAGUCAAUCUCUUUAAAAGACCCAUGCCAAAAUCAAAACCAGGUUCUCCCCACUGGCAGACAAAAUUGGAGACUGCACAGAAUGUUCUGUUAUGUAAAGAAAUCUUUGCCCAGCUAUCACGAGAAGCUGUUCAAAUUAAAUCACAAAUUCCUCACAUUGUUGUGAAAAACCAAAUCAUCUCCCAGCCUUUCCCAGGUUUGCAGUUGUCUAUUUCUCUGUGUCACUCUUCCAAUGACAAAAAAUCACAGAAGUCAGCUGCUGAAAAACAGAAUCCAGAGGAUCAUCUCUACGUUCUGGAGCAUAAUUUGCAUCAGCUUAUCAGAGAGUGUCACAAGCAAACCCUGAGCUCCACAGUGAUGCCACAUCCAGCUAGUGCACCUUUCGGCCAUAAGAGAAUGAGACUAGCAGGACCCCAGGCUUUUGAUAAAAACGAAAUCAGUGCUUUACAGUCAAACGAAGGACUUUUGGAAAAGAUCAUAAAGCAGGCAAAACACAUCUUUCUGAGACGCAGAACCGCUCGAACCAUUGACAGUCUGGCGAGCCGUAUUGAGGAUCCUCAGAUUCAAGCCCACUGGUCAAACAUAAAUGAUGUUUAUGAAUCCAGUGUUAAAGUUCUAAUAACGUCUCAAGGAUAUGAACAGAUCUGCAAAUCCAUCCAACUACAACUGAACAUUGGAGUUGAACAAAUCAGAGUAGUGCAUAGAGAUGGAAGAGUCAUUACCUUGUCCCAUCAGGAGCAAGAACUGCAGGAUUUCCUGUUAUCUCAGAUGUCACAGCACCAAGUACAUGCGGUUCAGCAGCUUGCAAAAGUUAUGGGAUGGCACGUGCUGAGCUUCAGUAACCAUGUUGGGCUGGGGCCAGUGGAGAGUAUUGGCAAUGCAUCAGCGAUAACUGUAGCAUCACCAAAUGGAGACUAUGCCAUUUCAGUCCGUAAUGGUCCUGAAAGUGGCAGCAAAGUUAUGGUUCAGUUUCCACGGAGUCAGUGCAAGGAUCUCCCCAAAGGCGAUGUGCUGCAAGAUAACAAGUGGAAUCAUCUUCGAGGGCCCUUCAAGGAAGUUCAGUGGAAUAAAAUGGAAGGGCGUAACUUUGUGUACAAAAUGGAGCUCCUCAUGGCAGCCCUAACUCCAUGCUAAUAACCCAUCCGUCUGUCCGGGGGGGCUUGGAAUCAGCGCUGUGCUGCCAAAGUUUGCUGCCCACACAGCAAAGGGAAACGGAGCCUGUGGGGCAAUACAAGAAAACAAAAAUUUAUUUCCUGUACAGAUCUGUCUAGUGUAGCGUUUAUAAUAAAGUGUUUUCAAUGACAUAGAGAAUAUGACUUUUUGAAAAAGUUCUUUUCAGCUGUACCUUUGCAUAUUGCUCUACCUAGAUUAACAUGUCUAAUGUUUUUUCUUUUAAAAAUAUGAAAUUCAGUAGUCCUGUGCUGUAUGAAAGGUGUCUGCUCAAAGUGAUACCCUUUUCUUCCCUGGAUUUAUUUCUUCUAAAUAGAUUUUUGCAAAUGUUUCUGAAAGAGUACAAUUCAGAAUAAACUGUGCAAUCAAUAAGCCUUUUAGUGACCUAGAUCACAAAGAAAUUUAAAAUUAUUUAAAAUUCAAGUAGCCAUUCUUCACUGUGUGAUGUUUUUGGGUUGGGGGCUGAUGCUGUACAUCAGUGGUACAGUGGUGUGGCCUCUGGGUUGUCUGUUUCAUUUCUUCUUGAGAGACGCAUCAGUGCUUUAAGUUGAGAACACUGCAAAGCCACGGCUCCUGCUGAGUGUAUGCAGUGUAUGGUACUUUGCAAUCUACAGAAGUUGCAAGCAGACAUGUAGAGGAACAAGUCUUCAUCUGCAUGCAAAAAGCUCCUAACAGUGAAUUUGUGUGCAUUUUUUUGGAGAGGGGGUGUAAAUUAUUUCUGAGAAGAACAGAGCAGGAACAGAGAGGAAGAGCAGGUAACUCACAUGCAGUAGACCUUGGAUCUCCGCAGUCGUGGUUUUUUUUUCUUUUUUUUUUUUUUCCCUCUCUGCCCUGGCAUCAACUGCAAUCUAGGAAAACAGUAUUAUUCUUAUGGAGCUCUCUUAAAAGAGCUUAUCAGCUCUUUUGAGGUCCUAAAACAAAGGAGUAAUAUGUUUGUUUUUUUUCUUUUCUUUUUGGUUGUAAUUGUAGCCUUCUUGAAGCUCCUACUAAGGUGUUGCACGGAGCUCUUCUGUUGUGUGAUGAUUAAUUGCUAAAGGUCUUUUUGAAAGCUGUCUGUAUAAGCUGGUUUAGACUUAAAUCCAUCUUACAUUCCAAGGUGUAUGUAUAUAUAUGAGAACUGCACAUAGACUGUGCUUGAAUUAAACCAUCUUACUUCUGUA